CACCGAGAAUAAAACCAAACCCUGAGUACAAGUGACCAACAUCUCAUGUCUUUGUUCAUUAGACUGUCAGAGGAGCACAUCACCAACCAUACAAGUGAGAAUGAUGCAGAGAACUGCCCUGCUAUUGCUCUGCUGCCUGUUACUGUCAGCGACAUCUUCCCCAGUCCAUCCACUGAGGUUCGGUCAGAGAGCAGCUGCAAUACUGAUGACCUGCUCUAUUGAGGAUCCAAUGCAGUUGCCAGCAGAUACUUCAUCCCAAACACCAGAUACUGAGUUUAGGUUUGGAAGGCAUGCUGACGCCAUCUUUACCAAUAGCUACCGAAAAGUUCUCGGUCAAAUAUCUGCCAGAAAAUUUCUUCAAACUGUUAUGGGCAAAAGACUUGGACCAGAAACACAAAACUAUGUGAAACGCCAGUUGGGCUUAUAUGAAGACACCUUCAAGCAAGAUGUGGAUAUGGAUGUCAUUGAGAGGGAACAAAGUUACAGAGAACCACGAAGACUUAAGUUCUCAGUAAUUACACAAUGAUUAAAUGUGAACAGUCUUUAUACUUGCAUUUGCCACAUUUUACACUGGAUUAUUAAAACUCAGUUCACCCUUCAUACAGUUUUCUGUGCACUGUGUAUUUUUACAGCCAGUGUUCAGAAG